GCCGUCAUUCAGUCUGUCACACGGACCACACAAGUCAGCGGACCGUCAAUAUUUCUGCUCCAUCCACUCUUCAGGUACCGAUUCAACAUCACCUGUACUUUUUCCCCUCAUCCUCUCCAGAAGAGGAGAGUAGCCUGACCUGAGCCCAAACAAGGUGAAAAGUUGGUGAUUUUUUCCCCCCCCUGAAAGCGAUCUACAGAAGAGACGAUCACUUGGAUCGGUUUAUUUCUGCUCAGAGGAUCAACUUCUGCGAGCGCACUCGGAGGAACUGGGAGCGAUGAGAAGGUUUUGCAAAGUCUGUCAGCACCAGCUCGUCUUGCUAUUGGCUGCUGCCAUAGCGGCGGCUGCGGAUCCGUCCCACAACCUCGCCAGUGAGAGGACUUCAAUAGAGAGCACGUACGAGCUGACCAAAUACCUGGAGUAUCAGCUCAAGGAAAUCAAAGACGUAUAUCUGACCUAUCUGGGACCUCCAUUCAAUGAGAAGGACUUCUCCCCUCCGAGACCCAACAGCACAGCGCUGACUCUGCCGAGCGCCGCCACCCGGCUGGAGCUGUGGCACGGCUUGGAGAACCAGGCCCGGCUCGCCCAGAACCAGAAGGCCUACUCCGUCCUGCUGGCAGCCGUCAGGGAGCUGGCCCGCUCCACCCUCUGCCCCUCUCUGAAGAUCUCCCUGCUGCACUUCUGCACGGGUCUGGAUGGACUGCUGGGCUCCAUAUCGGCUCUGAUGACCACCCUCGGCUAUGCGCUCCCCCCUCAGUCUGCUAACAUGCAGAGUAAUGUGGGUGAGCUGCAGUACCAGCAGAGGGGGACAGGAGGCAACAGACCGGCUCCUCUCAUUAGCCCACACAGAUACAGAUCCGGAUCCAGAACAGAGUCCGGUCAGCGCAGCGGCCAGAGACGGAGCGGGACCAAGGCGGUCAGAGGAGAGAGGGAAGAUGGCAUGGACGUGACAGAAAGGAGAAGAGGGAGAGAGUGGAGGAGCGGGGGAUCGAGGGAGAGGGGAAAAGGAGAACGAGGUAGAAGAGAGAAGAGGGACGAGUCAGAUCUCGGGAAAAGAGCUGUGAGCGUAGAAAGAGUCGAGGAAGAGCAGCAAAAUGAAGAGGUGGAGAGGUGGGGUCGAAGACUGAUGAGUAUUGAUGAUGGGAAUGAUGGGAACAUGAGUCCGUCUGAAAUGAGGAUAAAGGUGUCGUAUCUCAGCUCCGCCUCCCUGCAGAAACAAACCUACAGCCACGAGUACAGCUACAACCUGAACGCUCCCCACCCGGACUCCCUCAGAGAGGAAGACGGAUUUAUCUUAGAUUCAAACAGAGGACUCCCAGUCGAGGAGGAGAAGGAGAAGACAGAUGCGUCCUCCUCUUCCUCUGCUCAUCAUCAGCACGUUCGGCCUCCUCGCUCUCUCCUCCCCCCGACGCUCCAGCCUCCUCUGUCCACCUUCUCCCUCCUGUACCAGAUCGGGGGUGAGGAGCACACUCUCCUCUCUCAACCCGUCCCUCUAUCUCUAAGACGGGGCACCUCUCUCCUCUCGCCUCCUCUGAAUCCACUCUUCUCCUCCUCCUCCUCCUCCUCCUCUUCCUCCUCCGCUACUUCCUCCUCUUCGCUGCUGUCCGUGCGGCCGACGAUGAACGAUUUCGCCAGGAAGGUGGAGGGCUUUUGGAUACUGAGAGAGCUGCAAAGCUGGCUGUGGCGAUCAGCGAAAGACUUUAACCGCCUCAAGAAGAGACUCAGAGGCUGAACCCUCUGGACGGGACUGGACACUGAGAAGCACGCGCACACACACAAGAGUGCAGUAUAUCGGAAUCUAUUAUUUGCACAAAAUCUGCGUGGAGAAAAAACUGAGAGCUUUAACAGACAAAAGCACACAAACACGUUCAUUCUUCACAAAUUCAUUCAUACCGUACUGGAAUACGUGAAUGAAGAACCAUUUUGAUUAAAACAAUAAACAAAAAGCGCUCAUGGAAUCUAACCCACGCAAAGCCAACACAUUGCCCCAACUGUCACCCAUUUAAUGCACAUAGCAGCUCAUUGAGCAAGGCACGCUGACACUGGGCUGAGUUACCGGACUUCACGGCUCACAGAUCAACAGGAAUACCACUGUAGGUGGUUAGACACACAGACGGUCGGGGGCAAACCGAGGGACAGGCAGCGAGACAGACAGUGCAGGCAUUGAGAGAACGCUGAUUCAGUGACCCACAGUUGUGUGAAUCAGCAAACGCCCAUUUUCUCUAAAGGAAGAGGGAAAAAUGUCUGAAUGGGUAAAAGACAAAAGGGCGAGGAAAAAUGGCCAGAAGGGUGAUGAGGGAAAGGAAACGGAGGGAGACGUGAGUCAGGAGAUGAGCACUGGAAAUAACCAGCAGAGGCGUACUGCUGAGUAAUCACAAGUCAACCGGUCAGUUACAGUAACCCUACAACAGCGCUACACAUACUGUCCACACACACACACACACACACACACACACACACGCGCACACACAUACACACACACACUGCAGCACUUAGUGGCGUAACGUACCAUUCCCUUUUCUUGCUGCUCUGGGUGAAGCGAUGAUAAUUAGACCCACUCGCUUUUAUUUGAACUGAACACAAUUCAGUAAAUAGUUUGGACAAAACUCUGAAGAUGGAUCCAACAGCUGGUUAGCUUCGCUAAGCUUUGAGGUCACAAACAAAAUCUGUCAAGCAGCAUCUCCAAAGUUCUUUUUCUAAACCAUAUUUGUUAAUUACAGACCAAUGCUGUAAAAACAACAUUUUGCUGUGUACUGUCCAAACAGAAAAGUCACAUUUCAGCCGAUAGCACCUCAUCACUGCUGCUUUUGCAAUUUGUUGUAAUUAAUCAUUGUUUAGACUUAAUAUUCCGGUUGCUACACAGUCACAGGUACAUUUUUUUUUCACAAUAUUCAAACAAAUAACAUUGUGUGACCAGAAUCAGAUAGUGGGAGAUUUAAUUUUCUUAUCAUCGAGCUGUGCCCAGCUUGCUGUUUUGCACCAUUUUCAUGCUUCAUUUAUACAGUCGCUGUGCUGAAAAGUCAUGCACCAGAGCUACAGCUACAGUGUGUGCACACACUAGAUCACUAACAUGUGCCUUUAGCAGAAAACCAUGAACAUAUUGAAAGAUGGCAUUUGCAGGCUGUUAUCACCCUUUUAUGGCACUGAUCUCACCAGGAGGCCAUAUUAUCAGAAGACCGAGUUAAAUUGACCUGGUAUGCAUUUGGAGGUGACUCAUGGUGCUGGAUGGAUGAAACCACAAACCUUCCGACAGCAGAUUGUUGUUUUUAUCUGAAUAAGAAAAGUAAACUUAUUAAUCACGUAAAGUACACAGUUUUUCCUCAACUUAACCAAUCUGCGAUUAUUUCAGCAUGUGAGUGAGGUGAACAUUUUCAUGAGAGUAUAGACCUGACCUGCUGGGGUGAAGACAUGCUGACAUUUAACUUGCAUUUUUGGUUAAGAGCAUAUCAUAUUUAUACCAUAGCAUAUUUAUAGUUGAUAGAAACAUACAAUCCAAACACUUUCCAGGUGCCUAACUUGCUGCUAAAGGGUGUUUUUCAGUCAUGAUGAUAGCACACAACAACCACAUUGACUUCUGUUGGUCAUGAGGUGCUGCUUGGGUUUUCUGAAGAACAAAUGGACGAUCAUGGUGACAAUAUAACGCCAAAAAAUAAGAGAGUCGGUAAUGUCAUUCCUACGUCAAUUUUUUUUUUUAAACUUCUCACAACUUACCUGAACGCUUAGAAUUCUUUGGAUCAAAUUUGUUGUUUAUGUUAUUGGUGUCUGCAUUAGAUAUGAGACAGAUUAAAGGUUAUGGAUCAUUUCUUUACUAUUUAUUGAACAAGAUGUUUAUUUAUUUUUCUCCAGUGUGAAAAUACUGUAUUGUAACUCAAGAGAGAAUAAAUACUAGCUUUUGU